UCUUUGGUUUCCUCUCAUCAGCAUCACGGGAAGUGGCCACCCCUCCUCGCGACGUCAAACCGCUGGAUAGCUGGUCCUCCUACCACCCCCCUUUCCAAACACGGACCACAUCUGGACACAUGCACGCCGGGAUUGUGGAAUUUUACCAACACAAACAUUUGACCUUUUUGGGGGACACGAUGUCGGAAGUCCGGAAAUUCACCAAGAGACUGAGCAAGCCCGGGACGGCGGCGGAGGUCAGACAGAGCGUCUCGGAGGCGGUGAGGAGCACCGUGGACCCGGUGGAGCAGCCCAAGAUCAUCGAGCCUCUGGACUACGAAGCGGUGGUGUUCCAAAGAAAGGCUCAGAUCCACAGUGACCCCCAGCGAGACCUGCUGCUCUGUCCGGUCGACGAUGUUUCGGAGUCCCAUAUAUCCCGGCAGAGGAGAACUGUGGUUCCCUCUGUGCCCCAGAAUGCUGAGCGGGAUGCCAGGAGUCUGUUUGCCAAAGAGUGCAUCAAGAUGUACAACACUGACUGGCACAUCAUCAACUACAAAUAUGAGCCUUAUUCUGGCGACUUCCGCAUGUUACCGAGCAAAGGCCUCAAGGCGGACAAGCUGGCCACUCACGUGUUCGAGGUCGAUGAAGAAGCCAAAGAUGAGGACACGGCGUCGCUUUGCUCGCAGAGAGCCGGCAUCAUGAAGCAGGGGUGGCUUCAGAAAGCCAACAUCAACAGCAGCCUUUCCGUCUCCAUGAGGGUGUUCAAGAGGAGGUACUUUUACCUGUCCCAGCUGCCAGAUGGCUCCUACAUCCUCAAUUCCUACAAAGAUGAGAAACAUUGCAAAGAAACCAAAGGCUCCAUCUACCUGGAUUCUUGCAUUGACGUCACUCAGAGCCCCAAAAUGCGGCGUAACGGUUUUGAGCUGAAGAUGCAAGACCGCUACAGCCACUUCCUGGCUGCUGACAGCGAAACUGAGAUGGAGGAUUGGGUGGCCACACUCAAACAGGCCCUGCAGAGCAGCACUGAGGCCUGCCAGGAAAGGAGGAAUGGGCCAGAGUCCCUGGAUGGCUCUUUGGACGAUGACAUCACCUGCCAAGGUAAAAGUGAGAGCCUGCCGGAAGGUCUGGGCAGGAACCUACAACCUGAGCUCACAAAGUAUGCCAGGGAGACAGACCAACUCAAUAAGAUCAACCGGAACGAAGGCAGGCAGAAGCUUUUCUCUCUGGACCCCGAGACGCAGAGACUGGACUUUUCGGGUAUCGAGCCAGACGUGAAGCCGUUUGAGGAGCGCUUCGGCCGUCGCGUCGUGGUCAGUUGCCACGACCUGACCUUUAGUCUGCAGGGCUGCGUCAGUGAGAAGGGCGAGAGCGUACUCACAAAUGUGGAGCCGUUCUUCAUCAGCCUGGCACUUUUUGACAUCUCUAAAAACUGUAAGCUCUCUGCGGACUUCCACGUCGACCUCAACCCGCCCUGCGUGAGGGAGAUGCUGACCGACACCUCGGGUCAACUCUCGCCUUGCUCAGACUCUGAGGGAGGAGGGGGAGAAGGAGGUGGGGGUAGUGGUGGUGGUGGAGGCCGGGCUUUAAUGAGCGGGGACGCCGGGAAGUCGAACGGUCUGCCUCUUCUUCAAAGGGUGUCUGAGGCUCUGCUGCACUUUCCUACACAGGCUAUCUUUUCGGUCACCAACCCACAUGCUGAUAUCUUUCUGGUGGCUCGUGUGGAGAAGGUGUUGCAGAAUGGCAUCACCCACUGUGCUGAGCCGUACAUGAAGACCUCUGACAUCAACAAGACCGCUCAGAAGGUCCUCAAGGCGGCCAAACAGACGUGCCAGCGCCUGGGCCAGUACAGGAUGCCUUUUGCUUGGGCUGCUAAACAGGUGUUCAAGGACGCUCAGGGAAGCCUUGACAUGGACGGCAAGUUUUCUCCCCUCUACCGGCAGGACAGCAGCAAAAUCUCCACGGACGACAUCAUCAAGCUCCUAGCUGACAUCAGGAAACCUGAGAAGAGCAAGAUUCAGAACAUCCCUGGACAGCUGAAUGUCACUAUUGAGUGUGUCCCGCCCGACUUCUCAAACACGGUGACCUCCUCUUACAUUCCUGUAAAACCCUUUGAGGAAAGCUGUGAGCGUGUGUCUGUGGAAGUGGAGGAGUUUCUCCCCGAGGAGGCCAAGUACAACUACCCCUUCACCACGUACAAGAACCAGCUCUACAUCUAUCCUCUGCAACUCAAAUACGACAACCAGAAGAGCUUCACCAAGGCAAGAAACAUUGCCGUCUGCAUACAGUUUCGGGAUUCUGAUGAAGAAAAUGCAACACUUUUAAAGUUCAUCUACGGCAAACCAGGAGACUCCCUCUUUACCAGCAGCACCUAUGCCACCGUCCUGCACCACAACCAGAGUCCAGAAUUCUAUGAUGAAGUAAAGAUGGAGUUGCCGGUCCACUUGCACGAGAAACACCACAUCCUCUUUAGCUUUUAUCACAUCAGCUGCGAGUCAAGCACCAAAGCCAGCAGCAAGAAGAGGGAGGGUGUCGAGACUCUAGUGGGCUACUCGUGGUUGCCUCUGCUGAAAGAUGGCAGAAUGCAGUCAACAGAGCUCCAGCUACCUGUAGCUGCAACCCUGCCUCCUGGAUACCUCUGUCAGGACACCAAAAAGCCGGAUAUCAAGUGGGUUGAAAAUGCAAAGCCACUGUUCAAAAUGAGAAGUCGUGUUGCAUCAACAAUAUAUGCUCAGGACCUACAUCUCCACAAGUUCUUCCUGCAUUGUCAGCUCAUGAGGACCACAUCAGAAAGCAACCAGGCAGAGCUAAUCAAAUACCUUAAGUGCCUGCACGCCAUGGAGACACACGUCAUGAUCAACUUUUUGCCUGUAGUGCUGAUGCAGCUGUUUGAGGUGCUAUCAGCAGCCACCAAGGAAGCCCAGCAGAUUGCGGUCAACUCUCUUCGCGUUGUCAUACAUGUAGUCUCGAGAUGUCACGAGGAAGGGCUGGAAAACUACCUGCGUUCUUUUGUCAAGUACGUGUUUGUGUCAACCAAGCUUAUACCUGGAAAAACUGCGUACACUCAUGAGGUGCUGGCUACGGCGGUCACGUCCAUUCUUAAGCAGACGGCAGAUUUCAACACCAGCAACAAGCUGCUCAAGUACUCAUGGUUUUUCUUCGAAAUAAUGGCCAAAUCCAUGGCCCAGUAUCUACAAGAGGACAACCGCAUGAAGAUGCCGCGGGCCCAGCGCUUCCCAGACACAUUCUACCAAGCUCUGCAGUCCCUGGUGCUGUCCAUCAUGCCUCAUAUCACCAUUCGCCACAUGGAGAUCCCUGAGGAAGCACGCUGUGUCAACCUGAGCUUGGCCAAUUUCAUCAAGAGGUGUCUGACCUUCAUGAACAGAGGGUUUGCAUUUACUCUGGUCAACCACUACAUGUGCCACUUUACUCUCAAAGACCCAAAGGUGCUGACCGAAAUGAAGUUUGACUUUCUGAUGGCGGUGUGCAACCACGAGCACUUCAUCCCCCUCAACCUGCCUAUGGCCUUUGGGCGCACUAAGCUGCAGAGGGUGCAAGAUUUUAUUCUGUAUUCGACGGAGCUUUUUGGUCCUGUAGAGCAGAGUCUUGAGUUCAGUCUGACUGAGGACUACUGCCGUAACCACUUCUUGGUUGGCCUGCUGCUCCGGGAGGUGGCGGCAGCCCUGCAGCAGGGCCCCGAGGUCCAACAGCUAGCCGUAGGCGUCCUCAAGAACCUGCUGAUAAAACACGCCAUGGACAACCGCUACACGGCUUUCAAGAACCAGCAGGCCAGGAUCUGUUUGCUCUACCUGCCUCUGUUUGAGCUCCUCUACCAGAACCUGAAGCAGCUGUCCGCCCAGCCAUACAUUUCCAGCCCCGGACUGAUUCUCAAUGGCUCGAGAGAUGACCUCUUGUCAAACAGUUCUGCAGACAGCAGGAGAAUCAGCACCGCCAUAGAGCGAGAUCAUGGCCCGCCCACCCUUAACGGCCAUGUAAGAAGGGAGGACUCCAGAGGCUCUCUCUUUAUGGAUCCUGGAACACCAGAUAGCAUUGAGGUUGGGCCUUUUAAAUGAGUUUCCAUGGUUACAUCUGCCCC